AUGGCUGCGGGGUUCUUCUCCGGAGCGACGGUGUGGGAAAUGAGCCCCGCCACCAGCCAUGGGCGGCGGCGCUGGGCUGCGCGGCGGAAUGAGGAGGACGCGGACGAAGCUCCCGCAGUGCUGGUUCUGAGCCACUUCUCCCGGCCGCCGUUCCUAACCUUCGGCAGCCUGCGUGUUGGUGCUUCCCGCACGCGUCUCCUGGCCAUCGACAACCCCAACGCCGAGGACGUAGAGGUGGUCGUCGACCGCUUCCCGGCAGCUGCCAGGGGCUUCAGCAUUGAGCAUCGCCGCUUUUCCGUGCAGUCAGGACAACAAGUCUUUGUUUCUGUAACAUGGGCACCGUUAGAAGAAGGAAAAGUCAGAGAACUGGUUACUUUUAUUAUUAACGGAAUCAUAAAGCAUCAGGCUGUGCUCCUGGGUGUUGCUGAACAGCCUCUGAAGAAGAAGAGGAGUCUUUGGGAUAAUAUAAAACAGAAAGGCUCUUCAAGUUCAUCUGCCUCAAUAAAAGUUAAAAGAAGUGCAUGGAAUACUAAAAACGUUAAUAGUAAAACCUUUCAAGUUUUCCAGAAAUUGGGUGGACUCAGAAGCCCACUUCAGCCAUGUGAAAAUCAGAAGGCAAUGCAAAACAACGUGUCCCCAGGAAAUGACUCUCCUCUUGGCUCAGAAAAUAAAUUGCCAAUAUCUCCUAUUGCACCAGUUCUAGAAGAGCAUCAUAAUGCUGUUUGCACACCACUUAAAAUGCGAAGGUCUACUACAUUCUCAGAUAUUGCUGCCAUUGUAAAUGAGGAGUUAUUGCCCGAAGUAGACAGCUGUAACAUCAAUAAAUGCAUUAACAAACACAAUGAAUUAAAAUCUGAACAUGCGUACAGUUCUACUGGUUUAGAGCAACUGCCAAUUUCAGACAGUGAACCAGUUCUCAAUUGUACGCUCUCACCAGUUUGCACUCCAGAGCUCACAGCAUCUGUGCCUGUUUUAAGCACAAGGAGAUUUUUAAGUCCAGAUUCUUUUGUAAAUGGCACUUAUCAAGUGGAUAUAGAUGUAACAGAGCAGCCUGUUCCAAUUCUUUCACCCGAUCAGUUUGUGAAAGACAGCUUGUCAGAUAAACAAUCAAAGACUCCUAAACCUGAGGCACCUUUGGUAUCUUCUACUACAGAGACUUACAUUGUGAAGAGAAUCCUACCCUCAAAAUGGAAGAAAAAUGGAGAUGUAGAGACAGAGACGUAUGUUCCUAUAGAAAGCAAUUUAAACAAAGCCUUUGAGGUGCAUAAUGUAGAGUCACAGGUGCUUUGCCAUUAUAAACCCAAACAAAUUCACUGCAGCUUUUCUUCUACAGAAGCGCUUCAGACUCGUGAUUGUUCUCAGAGAGAGCAACCCAAAAAGCGUCCAAUUCUUUCUGCUACUGUUAUAAAAAGUAAGCCUGGUGCUGCUGAAGAAAAAAGAACGGAAACCCUCCAGCUGAAAUCUAAGAAAUGCCUUAGUAAAGCAAUUAUGGGAUGUGAUACCGCAGCACCAGUGCAUACAAAAGCAGAAAUUUUUAGGCGCCUUCCAGUUAUAGGUCCCGUUACAGCUGAAAAUAAGCAUCACAAGGAGAAAGUAAAUCCAUCUCCUACUGAAUCAACUGCUUCGUGUCGUAAGAGGAAGAGUGAAAUAUUUGUAGAAAAUAGUAGAGAGACAGCGCCAGUGAAUGUGGAAGAAGUGGAAAGGAAAAGAACUCAUACAUCUGUCAUGGACAGUAAAAAACAUCCUACUACGAGAUCAUCAGCCUUCAAACCUGCCAACCCAGUGAGAGCAGGGCGCAGAAAGAAAGCUGGUUCUUCACUUCAGAAAGCAGCUAAAACUACCAACAGAAUUAGUAAACCCAUCCCUGGACUGGCCCAAGCUCACCUGACAUUUGUGAAACCACUGAAAACAGUCAUCCCUAGGCACCCAAUGCCUUUUGUUGCUAAAAACAUGUUUUAUGAUGAACGUUGGAAGGAGAAGCAGCAACGAGGUUUCACCUGGUGGUUAAAUUUUGUCCUUACUCCUGAUGACUUCAGUGUGAAAACAAGCACUUCACAAAUAAAUGCAGCUGCUCUUAUCUUGGGAGAAGAGAACCAUCAUAAGGCCAGUGUUCCUAGAGCCCCAACAAAAGAUGAAGCAUCUCUAAAAGCUUACAUGGUUCACCGUAAGCUGAAUAAGUUACGGCGUGAUGCUUGCCGUCUCUUCACAUCUGAAGUAAUGGUUAAAGCUAUUAAGAAGCUCGAAGUUGAGAUUGAAAAUAAACAUUUGCUAGUUCGUAAAGACAGACACCUCUGGAAAGAUGUAGGAGAGAGGCAGAAAGUCCUCAACUGGCUUUUAUCUUACAACCCUUUGUGGCUGCGUAUAGGUCUGGAAGCUGUUUAUGGAGAACUGAUAGCUUUGGAGAAUAAUAAUGAUGUUAUGGGCUUAGCUCUAUUUAUCCAUAAUCGCUUGCUUUGGAACCCUGACAUUGCAGCUGAAUACAGACAUCCCACUGUGCCUCACCUUUACAGAGAAGGUCAUGAAGAAGCUUUGUCAAAAUUCACACUGAAAAAAUUGCUGCUGUUAGUUUGCUUUCUGGAUCGUGCCAAAAGAUCCAGAAUAAUUGACCAUGACCCUUGCCUCUUUUGUAAGGAUGCAGAGUUCAAGGCUAGCAAAGACCUUCUGCUUGCAUUUUCUCGGGACUUCCUGAGUGGUGAAGGUGACCUUUCCCGUCAUCUUGGUUACUUAGGACUACCUGUCAGUCAUGUUCAAACUCCACUCGAUGAAUUUGAUUUUGCUGUAACAAAUCUGGCUGUGGACUUACAAUGCGGCGUUCGUCUUGUGAGAACGAUGGAACUUCUCACCAAAAACUGGAAUCUUUCAAAACAACUGAGAGUUCCUGCAAUAAGUCGUCUGCAGAAGAUGCACAAUGUUGACGUUGUUCUUAAUGUCCUUAAAGAACGAGGAAUUCACCUGAAAGAUGAAAAUGGAGCUUCAAUUGACUCCAGGGACAUUGUGGAUAGACACAGAGAACGAACAUUAGCACUCCUGUGGAAAAUUGUCUUUGCCUUCCAGGUGGAUGUUUUUCUUAAUGUGGAGCAGCUAAAAGAAGAAAUUGAGUUUUUAAAGAAUGCACACAAGAAGAAAACACAAUUGGGUGCUCUCAAGACUUCUUCAAAAUGCAAAGUACAAGAAGAUGAUAGUAGUAACUCUUCACCUCAAAGUUACAGUGAAAAUAUGAAGCUGCUGAUGGCAUGGGUUAAUGCUGUUUGUGGAUUUUACAAUAUCAAGGUGGAAAAUUUCACAGUGUGUUUCUCAGAUGGUAGAGUAUUAUGUCAUUUGAUUCAUCAUUAUCAUCCAUGUUAUGUGCCUUUGGAAGCUGUGUGCCAACGUACAACUCAAACAGUAGAAUGCUCAAGAACUCAUACAGUGGGAUUGAACUCUUCCUCCUCAUUCUCUUCGGAGUCUGAUACUUCUCUAAAUGUUAUGGAACAAAAUGUUGACCCAACUCUAUCUGCCUCAGUCCUAUACAAGGAACUCUUGGACAAUGAAAGGAAGAACUUCCAGCUGAUCAAUGCUGCAGUUUCUGACCUAGGUGGAAUACCAGCAAUGAUUCAUCAUUCAGACAUGUCAAAUACAAUUCCUGAUGAGAAGGUGGUUAUUACCUACCUAUCGUUUCUGUGUUCGCGACUUCUAGAUCUUCGGCAAGAAACUCGGGCCGCGCGAUUAAUUCAGUCUGCUUGGAGGAACUACAAGCUGAAAAGGGAACUGAAACUUGCUCAGGAGCGAGACAGAGCCGCUCGGAUAAUUCAAAGCGCUGCAGUAACCUUCUUGUCUCGUCGACGUGCCCUGAAGAAAGUGAAUGCAGCAGUUUUCAUCCAGAAGCACUGGAGAAGAUACUUAGCCAGGAUGACUUUUUUAAAUCUGAAAAAGACAAAACUGGAGGAAGCCAGAAAUAAAUCUGCCACAGUCAUUCAGGCUUGUUGGAGGAGAUACUCAGCUAGGAAAAGAUAUUUACAGUUGAAACACUAUGUUAUUUUUGUACAAGCAAGGGUAAGAAUGGUGAAGUGUGUUGCUGCAUAUAAGCAAAUUAUUUGGGCUGCUAUCACCAUUCAGAGUCAUCUGCGUGCAUCCAAGUUGGCAAAGAAAGAUCGACAAAGAUACAAAACGUUAAAAUCUUCAGCACUUACUAUUCAGUCUGCAUUCAGAAGAUGGAGAAAUUACAAAAUUCAACAGAAAAUUAAAGCAACUUUAGUGCUUCAGACUUAUUUCCGAAAAUGGCAAUCUUCAAAACAGGCUAAAAGAAACAGAGCUGCCCUUGUCAUACAGACUUGGUAUAGGAUGCACAAAGAUCUGAGGCAGUAUCUCUGUAUUAAGCUAAGUGUUAUCAAAAUUCAGGCUUGGUACAGAUGUCAGGUGGCCAGACGUGUUUACCGGGAUCACAGGGCAAAGAUAGUGGCAAUUCAGCAGUAUUACAGAGCUUACAGAGUAGGAAAAAUUGAGAGGGAGCACUAUUUGCAAAAGCGUGCUGCAGCAAUAGUUCUGCAGUCUGCUUUUAGAGGCAUGAAGGCACGCAAACUAUACAGACAAACAAAAGCAGUUUGUGUUCUUCAGUCACUGUGGAGAAUGAGAAAAGAGCAACUAAGAUUUCUAAAAUUAAAAAAAUCUGUUGUCACAUUGCAGUCACACGUGAGAAAAUACCAACAAGUAAAAAGAUUCAAAGAGAUGAAACAUGCUGCUUCUGUAAUUCAAAGCCGGUAUAGGGCCCAUGUCGCGUCCAAAAGAGCAGCUGCUGCUUUCCAGAGGCUGCGUCUGGCUGCUGUUGUCCUACAGUCUGCCUACAGAGGAAUGGCAGCUAGGAAGGAGACUCGCACACUGAGAGCUGUGGUAAAAAUUCAGUCAAGUUACCGUGCUUAUGUUGUCUGGAAGAGAUUUAGAAGCUUGAAAAAUGCAACAGUGAAGAUUCAAGCUUUUGUGAGGAUGAGGCAGGCUCGUAAGUAUUAUUGUGCAUUGAGGGAGGCAGCACUCUAUGUCCAGCGAAGGUAUCGAUCUCACAGAUAUGCUCUUCAAUGUAAAGAAGAUUAUAGGAAAAUGAAGGAAGCUUGCAUAAGAAUCCAAGCUGUAGUUCGAGGCUAUCUUGCUAGGAAACAAAUGCAAAGGUGGAGGGAGACUGCAGUAUUUCUCCAGGCAUGCUACAGAAUGAAAAGGGACAGGCAACGUUAUUUAAGCAUCUAUAGUGCUGCCAUUACCAUUCAAAAAUGGUACCGUGCAUACAAAAAGCAGCUGUGUCAGAGGCAAGAGUUCCUGCAAGUCAGAAAAGCAGUGGUGUGCUUACAGGCAGCCUACAGGGGUUAUAAAGCACGCAAAACAUUCAAACUUGAAUGCAGAGCUGCUAUUACAAUUCAGACUGCUUUUAGAGCUUAUGCUGCAAGAACGAAAUAUAGGGCAAUGGUUCAGGCCUCCCUUGUCAUUCAGAGGUGGUACAGAACUUGUAAGGCUGGUAACAGACAAAGGCUGAACUUUUUAAUGACAAAAGAAGCAGCGCUUACUUUACAAGCAGCGUUUCGUGGCUGGAAGGUGCGAAAGUGGAUUCGAAGACAACAUGUUGCUGCUAUUAAGAUACAGUCUGCCUUCAGAAAAUUCCUGGCUCUAAAAAAAUUCAGGCUUAUAAAACGUGCUGUGCUAACUAUCCAAAAGUAUUACAGAGCCACUGUUGUAGGCCAGAAACAAUGGCGAGAGUAUGUUCAGCUGCGUAACUCUGUAGUGCGUCUUCAGGCAAUGUGGAGAGGGAAAAUGGUGAGAAAAGAAAUACAAAAGAAACAUCAUCUUGCAACAGUUAUUCAGUCUUAUUACAGAAUGUAUGUAAAUCAAAUGAAAUACAAGAAACUAAGACAAGCCACGAUAGUGAUUCAAAAGUACUUCAGAGCUUACUGUAGGGUAAAAACCCAACGAGCAAAUUAUCUAAAAACAAAGGCAGCUGUGUUAGUCUUGCAAUCUGCUUACCGUGGGAUGACCGUGAGGAAACAAUUAGGCAAGCUAAACAAAGCUGCUACAGUUAUACAAGCUGCCUUCAAAUCUUACCUGGUCAGAAAGGACUACAAAAGACUUAGAUCUGCAGCUAUAGUAGUUCAAAGGCAUUAUCGUGCAGUUGUUUGUGCUAAACAUCAAAAGCAAAAAUACUUGGCCUUGAAAAAUGCCACAGUCAAAAUUCAGGCGAUUUAUAGAGCUGUAAGAGUCAGACAACAAAUUCACAGUAUGCAUCAAGCAGCUGUUUGUAUCCAAGCCACAUUCAAGAUGCACCGCAUGAACAUAAAAUACCAGGCAAUGAGAAUGGCAGCAACUAUGAUACAAAGACAAUACAGAGCAUUUUGUUUAGGCCGAGUACAACGUAAAAAGUACUUGGAACUCAAGAAAUCUGUCCUUCUCCUCCAAGCUGCCUGUAGAGGCAUGAAGGUCCGGCAAGACUUAAAAACCAUGCAUCGGUCAGCAACUGUAAUACAGUCCUACUAUCGAAUGCACAGACAACAGAAGGAUUUCAGAAGAUUGUUGCUGGCAACUAGGCAGAUUCAGCAGUGGUUCCGUGCCUGUAAGGAGAGAGAUAGACAAGUUCACAACUACAUGGUUAUCAGAAGUGCUGCACUUCGGAUCCAGGCUGCAUUCCGUGGCAUGAAAGCAAGGCAACUUGUAAGAGCUAUGAGUGAAUCGGCUGUGCUUAUUCAAAGCAGAUUUAGAGCUUUCCUCAAAAGAAAACAUUUUCUUUCCAUUAAGACGGCUGCUGUUGUAAUUCAGAGAAGAUACAGAGCAACAAAAGUAGCAAAACUUCAACGUCAGGAGUAUCUCUCUUUCCUUAAUGCUGCUGUUAUCAUACAGUCUGCUUAUAGAGGCUUUGUGGUAAGGAAAAAAAUGCAGCAGAAACAUCAAGCUGCUACAGUUAUUCAAGCCAUGUUAAGAAUGCAUAGAAUUUACAUUUCUUACCAAGCUCUCAGACUUGCUUCAGUAAUCAUACAGCAACGUUAUCGUGCUUACAGGGAAGGGAAGCGUGUGAGAGGAAGAUACUUAAAACUGUACAAUUCUGUUACGGUUCUUCAGGCUGCCUAUAGAGGAAUGAAAACAAGGCGCUUCUUGAGGAAAAGACAUGAGGCAGCACUUAAAAUACAGAGGAACUAUCGAAUGUAUAGACAAUACUGCUAUUACAGAAACCUGCAGUGGGCAACCCAGGUAAUACAGAAGAGAUACAGAGCAAAUAACCUAAGGAAAAUCGCAGUACAGCGUUAUUCUUCAUUAAGGAAAGCAGCAACUUGUAUUCAGAGGGCUUUUCGAGACAUGCAAGCAAAAAAACGACGUCAAGCAAUGCACCAAGCUGCUGUUGUUGUUCAGAAAAAUUUUAGAGCCUUUAAAGAACAUCAAAGGUACCUUUCUAUCAAAGCAGCUACUCUUGUCUUUCAGAGAAGAUACAGAGCUUUGAUUCUGUCCAGGCAGCAUACUUCAGAAUAUCUUUCUCUUCGCAGAGCAACUAUAUGUGUACAGGCAGUGUACAGAGGCAUCAGGGUGCGGAAGAGUAUCGCGCGCAUGCAUUUAGCCGCUAGUACGAUACAGUCAGCCUACAAAAUGCAGAGGGAUAGAAGGUCCUAUCAAAACAUGAGAACUGCAGCUGUUGUUAUACAGUGUUACUAUAGAUCUUACAUGAAAGGAAAGAAUCAGCGCAAGGAGUAUCUGACAAUGAAAUGUUCUGCUGUUGUGAUUCAAGCAUCAUACAGAGGCAUGAAGGAGCGACAGAAGCUGGAAGCGAUGCAGGCCUCGGCGACUAGAAUCCAGUGCAGCUAUCGCAUGUACAUACAACACAGGCAUUACAAGCGGCUCUGCUGGGCUGCCAGAGUCAUACAGCAAAGAUUCAGAGCCAAAAGGGCCAAGGAAGCUGACAUGGAAAACUAUGCACAAAUGAAAAAGGCAGUCAUUUGCCUUCAGGCCUCUUUCCGUGCUAAAAAAGCCAGGCAGCUGUAUAAAAGCAGGGCUGCUGCACGGCGCGUGCAAGCGUUCCUACAAAUGUGUGUUGAGAGGAGGCGAUUUCUCAAGAAGAAGGCAGCAGCAAUAAGGAUCCAGUCAAUGUUCCGAUGCCAAAGGACAAGGGCUCACUAUAAAUUGCUUCGCAGUUCAGCAGUUGCUAUUCAGAGGUGGUACAGAGCAUGUCUCAAUGCUCGUUUGCAGAAAGAGUAUUUCGCUCAAAGACACGCAAUAGUAAUUAUUCAGGCUGCCUUUCAUGGCAUGAAAGCAAGAAAAAUAGCAAGGCAAAUGCGAGCUGCCAGAAAGAUUCAGGCUUUUCUUCAGAUGGCUGUGCAGCGUAGAAAAUUCCUUCAACUUAGAACAGCAGCUAUUACAUUACAAACCUAUUACUUCAUGUAUAAAGCUAAAGCGCAGUAUACAAGAUACAAAAAAGCAGCUCUUGUCUUACAACGAUGCUACCGAUCUCACCUGGCUGUGAAAGACCAAAGAACUACUUACUUACAAACACGGAGGAGAAUUAUCAUCGUGCAGGCCAGAGUCAGAGGAUUUCUUGAAAAGAAGAGGUUUCACAGGAUUAAAGAAAACACAAUAAAAAUUCAGAGGUGGUUCCGAGCAAAAAUGCAACAGAGAAGAUUUCGAAGAGAUUACCAAAGGCUCAUUCAAUUACAGCGCACGAUUCGGGGCUGGCUCAGCCGCAGAAACCAUGCAGCAACCAUAAUCCAGCGCAACGUACGGAGGGUCCUUGUCUGCAGGCGCAGGAAAAGGUUUGCAGUCGGAAUAACGAAAUUUCAGGCAUUGUGGAGAGGAUAUUCAUGGAGGAAGAGCAAUGACACAGCAAAAAUGAAAGCUUUAAGACAUCGUUUACAAAAGGCUAAUGAAAAGAGCAGAGAAGAAAACAAGUUGUGCAACAGAACUGCAACUGCUAUUGACUACCUUCUAAAAUACAAAGAUUUCUCUUAUAUUCUCGCAGCAUUAAAGCAUCUAGAGGUGUCUACCAGGCUGUCUCCACUCUGUUGUGCAAACAUGGCCCAGAGCAGAGCAAUCUACUCUAUCUUCAGUCUGAUCCGACGUUGCAACCGGAGUGUUCCAUGCAUGGAUGUGAUCAGAUAUUCAGUUCAAGUUCUCCUUAAUGUUUCAAAGUGUGAAAAAACCACUCAAGCAGUUUAUGACGUGGAACAUUCUAUAGAUACGUUGCUAGACUUACUGCAAAUAUACAGGGGGAAAGCAGGGGACAAAAUUUCAGAGAAAGGAGGAAGCAUAUUCACAAAAACCUGUUGCUUGUUGGCCAUCCUUUCCAAGGACUCAAAAAGAGCUUUGGCAAUCCGAAGCAUGCCAAGAGCUGUUUCUUGCCUCCAAAGCAUAUAUAAGCUUACAGCUCGUAAGCACAAAGCAGAUGCAGAGAGAGAACUUGUGAAGCAGAAAAUAAACAGUUUAAGUGGACCCUUCUUCAUUCCAGUAACUCCUCUAAGAAUAAAAAUGGUUUCAAGAAUUAAACCUGACUGGGUUUUGAGGAAAGACAACAUGCAAGAAGUUGUGGAUCCUCUGCAAGCAAUUGUAAUGGUGAUGGAUACACUUGGUAUUGCGUACUGCUGA